CCUAUUCCCACCACUGUUCUUUCAAUGAAAAUUGUUCUAGUAUUCAGGAACAUUAUACACUCGUUUUCUAUACGUUUCUAAGUCUAGUAAAAGUAAUGAACUGAAUGGAAAGUAGGAAAAGCAAGUUUUGUUGGAGAGAUUUGGAGUACUGUGAUAAACCUGCGUCUCGAAGUUGCCCAUUGAGGGUAGUAGCUCAUAUCGAUCAGGAUGCAUUUUAUGCUCAAGUGGAAAUUGUGAGAUUAGGAAUUAGUCCAUCUACUCCUUUUGCUGUUCAACAAUGGCAAGGCCUUAUUGCUGUCAAUUAUCCAGCUCGUGCAGCAAAUGUCUCAAGACAUGAAACCAUCACAGAAGCCAAGAAAAAGUGUCCUGAACUUCAAGUUGCACACGUGAAAACUUGGAAGGCGGGCGAUACAGAAGCCAAGUAUCACGAAAAUCCGGAUCCGAGUAACUUUAAGGCUUGCUUAGAUCCAUAUAGACAUGAAAGUGUCAAAAUUUUAAACAUCAUAAAAAAGCAUGCACCUAUCGUGAAGAAGGCUAGUAUUGAUGAAUGUUUUAUUGAACUCACGGCUGAAGUGAAAAGACUUAUUUUGGAGGACUACCCUUUUUUAAAGACAUCGCCAGAAAACUUGGAAACACCCCUUCCAGCUGCUCCGGUGCUCCUGUGGACUCAGGAUUAUGGAUUGUUGAUUGAUAGACGAGAAGGUGAUACUAAUGGAGAAUAUGAACAGGACUGGGAUGAUGUCUUCCUUUAUUAUGCAGCGCGAAUAGUGAAAGAAAUCCGGGACGAUAUUUACAAAUCGCUACAUUAUACAUGUUCUGCUGGCGUCUCAUUUAAUCCAAUGCUUGCAAAGCUCGUUAGUUCUCGAAACAAACCGAAUAAACAAGCAGUUUUAUGUCGCAGUGGUAUAAAGGAUUAUCUUGGAUCGCUGAGCAUAACUGAUAUAAGAAUGUUGGGCGGUAAAUUUGGCGAAGAAGUGGUUCGGAUACUUGGGACAGACUCUAUUUCUGAUGUAUGGUCUAUGCAGCUUGAUGAUAUUAUGGGUAAGCUUGGACAGGUGAACGGUAGGCUUGUGUGGAACAUGUGUCAUGGCCUUGAUGAUACAGAAAUUACAACCCAAAUACAAAUAAAAUCUAUGCUUUCUGCAAAAAAUUUCAGUCACAAUAAACUGAAGGAUGAAAAUGCAGUUACUAAUUGGUUUCGUGUGUUUGGCUCCGAUUUACAUUCUAGGUUUUUGGAAUUAGAAGGUCUUCGAAGACCUAAGACUUUGUGUCUUCAUGCUCUCACUGGCUUUCUUCGUAAAUCACGUUCAACCCAGAUCCCUUUGGAUGCCGAUAUUACUGUGGAUUAUAUUGCGAAUCACUGCCUUAAGCUUCUUCGGCAACUUCAAGAUGAGUACGAUGUAUAUCCAAUCUCCCAUCUAUCAGUGAGUUUUCAGAACAUAGUAGAAAAUGAUAAGAGCUCGAGGGGUAUAGAAUCUUUUUUACGUCCUAGCAACAAAGUCACUCCAAAGCCGAUCCCUAUGUUAGAUGACAGCUCGAAGAUUCAUCUGGAUGCAAACAGUACACCUCCUUCGCAAUGUCUAACUGAAGAAAUGCCAGAAGAAGUAUCUCCUAAUAAGGAAAGGAGCGUUUUUGGAAUGUUUAAGGAUAUUUCGGAAAAUUCAAGUUCUGUUGCGCAAAAGUCAUAUACGUGUAAAGAAUGUGGACAUAAUAUUUCUUUUUCUCAGAAGAGAGAGCAUGAUGACUAUCACUUUGCUAUUAAUCUAUCACGCAAUGAAAGAUUAUUCGAACGACAGACAUCUUCUGCUGGUGCAGACAAGCCGGCAAAUUCUGCAAAAAGCAGGACAUAUGGACGAAAAACUGGUAAUAAACAUUUUAUUGCGCCUAUGGAUAGUCCAUCGCCAAAAAAAGCCUUCCUUGAUGCUUUUUUUACUGCAAACCAAAACACGCCAUCUACAUUGCGUAAAAAGACCAGUCCCAAUAACUCUUCAAAUUCUUCGAGUGCUACUCAAUUGCAUUUGGACCUGGGGUCAACUACUGUCACAUGUUCAGAAUGUCUCAUGGAGUACAAUAAAGCAACUGAAGAAGAUGUGGAUUUGCAUUCGCGUUUUCAUUCUCGUACACUAGGUGGUAUUGAUCUAAAUAUGCAAGCAGAGCCGAUUAAGAGACUUAGCUACUCUGUAAAUGGUGACUCAAUCUACAUGGUUACUGCCGAAAGUGCAUUGUUGGACCAGAAGAAAGCUGAGGACGCAGUAAACUUUGUUAAUGAAGAACUUUCCGGUGAACCCAUGGAAACUAUCGGAAUUGAUAAAUAUUCCAUUUUCUUAUUUAUGUCUGGGAAAAAAUGUAUCGGGCUUUUAUUAGCUGAGCGUAUAAAGUCCGCAUAUGUGAUCAGUGAAAAAGAAGAUGAAAAAACUUUUUUCUCAUCCGCUGUGUACAUCAAAGAGAACAAAUUAAAACAUGGAUUUAUUCUCGGAGUAUCAAGGAUUUGGGUUACUCCAUCACGUCGGAAACAAGGAAUUGCUCGCGCACUGUUAGAUUGCGCGACAUCUCAUUUUAUUUAUGGAUAUAAGAUUUCCAACAAGGAAAUUGCCUUUACUCAACCAAGUGAAAGUGGAAAACGGUUCAUUAUAUCCUGGAGUCGAGCUCAACAAGAAGAUAAAACAGGUGUACAAUAUGCUGUUUACGAAAGCUAAUAUAGAAAGAUAUUUGUCGCAAAGAUUUAUGGAUUAUAGUGUGUAUUGGUUUGUAAAUAAAUAUAUUCAUAAUUAC